AAAAGAAGAGUGCAUCAACCAUUAUGCAAAGCGGCUGAAAAAUAGGUUGACAAGCUUGGUAAAAUUGCACAACACGGAAAAACAACUUAGAACCGGAAAAAAGAGAAAGUAUCACCUGAAGAGGAAAGGGAUGUUGACAGAUUUCAUGAUUGACAAGCUUGCUCAGUAUUUUCAGAAGAACCUAAGGGACAGUCGUGGAACUGAUGUUGAAACUAUGAGGAAUGGAAUACUUGCAAGCUUCUUUCACUGUUUCUCCACUGACGACAACCCAGAGCAUCACCUUUGUCCACCUGGUUCUGCUUCAUGGUGUUUUUACCAGAAGGCACUGGCAGACAACCUACCACCACCAUCCCACACAACCAUGAAAGUGAAGUUUCAGCUACAACCUGACGACUUCAACAAGGUGCAUGAAAUCUACAAGGACCUCACCCGAGAUGACAUGAUGGAACGAUGCAUACAGGGACGAACACAAAACCCAAAUGAAAGCCUUCACCAAAGAAUAUGGUCGUAUUGCAACAAAGCCCUGUAUAGAAAUAAGUGGCAAGUUGAUUUCGCCGUCAGCCACGCCAUAGCAGAGUACAAUGUAGGAUACGAAAGAAGUUGUUUGGACAUACAACUUGGAUAUGGGCGUUCCUCAUUGAACCAAAAACGCCUAAAGGAUAUGGACAGAAUAAUGCAGAAACUCAAAGCUCCAAGAAGCAAGAAGAGGAAGACGGUGGUGGACACCUCCUAUGAGGCUGGAGGCCAUUAGAUGAUCCAUGUCCAUGCCUACUCUUCGUCAAAGUUUGAUGUGUAUGGACCUUCAUGAUUGGCCAAUCUGCCAAGGACUUCAGGAUGGAGGGAUCUGCAUGGAACUUCAUAAAUGUUAUAUAUGCUCACUUCUACUCCUAAUAAACAUAAGAAGGCACAUGGAAUAUUUUUACCCACCAUAAGCUAAGCCUCAAUGUAUUAUUCCAUUUUUCUGGAAAGUCCAUUUUCUGCAAUUAUAUUGAUUUGCUCCCUUUAUUAUUGAACCGAUCUUU